AAAAAAAUAAUCAUAAUUAACAUCGCUAAGACAUGUGUGAUGUGGUAGACCGUGGUCAGGUUAUGCCGAUCUUAACCUACUACAAAAACCCGAAGUCGAUCGUUGAGUCCCUUUAUUCCAUCUUGUUGUAAUACAAUACCCUCGAAAUAUCUAACAACACAACACACACAGAUAGUUCAACCUCAAGCGAGUUGUCUGACCUCACACAAAAAUCUCAAAAAUCAGAGGAGAGAGAAAAUGGAGCAACCAGAGCUUCAGUCACCUGAGAACGACGAUUAUGGCGAAGAAGAAGAUGUCGCUGUCUACGAUGGCGAGUUUCCCGAAGCUGAUGUUUCUGACACCGCUGAAAUCGAUGCUGCUGAAGAUCCUAAAUCCCAGAAUCUUGAAGAUAUGAAGAAGAGGCUUGAAGAGCUUGAAGAUGAAGCUGGUGCGCUUCGUGAAAUGCAGGCGAAGGUUGAGCAGGAGAUGGGAGUUUCUCAAGAAUCUACCAGUGCUAACCCGACUCAAGCUGAAAAGGAGGAGGUUGAUGCCCGUUCAAUAUAUGUUGGCAAUGUUGACUAUGCAUGUACACCAGAGGAGGUUCAGCAGCAUUUUCAAUCAUGCGGAACAGUGAACAGAGUGACCAUUUUGACAGACAGAUUUGGUCAACCUAAGGGAUUCGCUUAUGUAGAGUUCGUGGAAAUGGAAGCUGUUCAGCAUGCUGUCUUGCUGAAUGAAACUGAAUUGCAUGGCCGUCAAUUGAAGGUAUCUGCUAAGAGGACAAAUGUUCCUGGGAUGAAACAGUUUCGAGGAAGGCGACCGAGUCCUUAUGGAGGCAGAUCAAGGCGGCCAUUCAUGCCGGGAGCACCUGUUUUUCCUGCAUAUGGAGGAUAUGGAAGGGCUCCUAGACUCAGGCCUCCAAUGCGGUACAGGCCAUAUUGAUAGUCAGGUGGAUAUUAUUUGAAGUUGGAAACAAAUUUAUUUCAUGAUUUCAGAAUACAAAAUUUUACAGCAAUGAAAGAUCUGUUACAAAUGAAGCCUUUGUAGUCAUUAUAAAUGAAGUGAUUGUAAACUAUCUUGUAUUUUAAGUUUUGUUUGUUAGAUUGUGCUUCGAUUGCCAUUAUACAAAUUUCGAUAAUGACUCUCAUGUAGUUAAUCAAGGAAACCACAUCAAUUGCUGUUUUUAGUGACCCUGAAGGUGUAUUGGCACUAGCAGGAAGUGAGAAAACCAUUGAAACUGUUUUUCGUAUAAA